GGUGUCUGCACCGCGCUCCGCACACCCUGCCCCGCUCCCACCCCGGACCCGAAAGCCUCUGCCUCCUCGUUCACCACCCCCGGCUCUCCCACACCCCCCCUACCCGGUGAAUGCACCAGCGCCGAAAAGAUGACGGGCAUCGCCGCCGCUUCUUUCUUCUCUAAUUCCUGCAGGUUCGGGGGCUGCGGUCUCCAGUUUGAGUCUCUCGCCGAGCUCAUCGUCCACAUCGAGGACAAUCACAUCGACACAGAUCCCCGGGUCCUGGAGAAGCAGGAGCAACAGCAGCCCACUUACCUGGCCUUAAGCUACAUCAACAGGUUCAUGACGGAUGCGGCGCGCCGGGAACAAGAGACUAUGAAGAAGAAGGCCACUCCCAAACUGUCCCUGUCCAUCACAGGCAGCGUGUCCCGGAACAGCACGGCCACACCUCCUCGCCACACCAGCGGUAACCUGACGCCUCCCGUCACACCCCCCAUCACCCCUUCCUCCUCCUUCCGCAGCAGCACACCUACAGGCAGUGAGUAUGAUGAGGAGGAGGUAGACUACGAGGAGUCGGACAGUGAUGAGUCGUGGACCACAGAAAGUGCCAUCAGCUCUGAGUCCAUCCUCAGCUCCAUGUGCAUGAACGGGGGAGAGGAGAAGCCGUUCGCCUGCCCCGUCCCCGGCUGCAAGAAGAGAUACAAGAAUGUGAACGGUAUCAAGUACCACGCCAAGAACGGCCACCGCACACAGAUCCGUGUGAGGAAACCCUUCAAGUGUCGCUGCGGCAAAAGCUACAAGACCUCACAGGGCCUGAGACACCACACCAUCAAUUUCCACCCACCUGUCUCCACCGAGAUCCUGCGAAAGAUUCAAGGCUAGAGCUCGUGGUCACAUCCAUCAACUGCCCCAAACAUAGCCCUGUCCUGACUGUCCUUACCUUCCCCUUUGAUACACAUCCCACACACUAAAGGAUCAAGUGCAUGCUUUAAGUUGUUUCAUUUCUAUUUUGUUUUUGUUGUUUUUUCAUCUUUUUGUUUGUUUGUGUCACAUAUAUUUUUUUUCUAUCCAUGUUAUAUCACUUGUAUUUUUGAAAAAAGUAUAUCUUUGUAGUAUUUUUAUUGUUGUACAUUUGCACAUUUCGUAUAUGCUAUCACGUCAGUUUUUCUAUUGUUUGACUUACAU